CAACCGGAUCGUGGCCAUUUUUGCCGAUUUUUUUUUGUUUUCGCAAGAAGAACUUUCGAGUAGAUCGCAAUUGCAUUCAUAUCUACUUCAAUUAAUAUGGCGCCCACCAAGCCCCAAUCUGAGGAGCAGCCCGUCAAGCGCGGCCGCGGCCGUCCCCCCAAGGACCCGUCUGAGAGGAAGACCGUACCCAAGCCUUCUGGUCGCCCCCGGGGUAGGCCCAAGGGCAGCGGUGGUGUGAAGAAGGCCCCUCAGAAGACUGCUACCAGCACCGUCUCUCGCCGCGGACGUCCUCCCAAGUCUGCAGCCACCCCCGUUGCCGCCAAGGCGAAGGCUGGUGCGCCUAAGGCCACCCCCUCUUCCACGGGCAGAGGCCGUGGUCGUCCUCGCAAGUCCGAUGUCAGCGAGGCUGCCACUCCCAACUCCAAGAAGGCUACCCCCAAGAAGGGCGGACCUGGCAGACGUGGCCGCCCCCCCAAGGCUGCGACCGAGCAGUCUGCUGAGGAGGAAGAUGGCGAGGAGGCUGUCGCCAACGAGGAGGAUGCGGAUGAGGCCGACAAGGUUGCCUCUGAUGCUGCCUCUGACGUCGACGAGGCCGCAAGCGACGAGAACAACAACUUCAAGGAUGCGUUUGGUGACGUAGAUAUGACCUUGAAUGGCUUGGACCCUAGUGACAUCGAAGCAACUGGUGAAGAGGUUCGUAUGAGCACUAGCAACCCACAAGGCAGCUUUUCACUCAAUGGCAUCCUUGGUCGACUUUGGGCAAUGAGUCCAGAGAAGAAGAACAAACAGAAGGAAUAGUGGAGGAGUCGGAGGAAGAAAUUUUGGACUGCAUAGUGGUUGCCCUGAGCUCGGAUCCUCCAGAACCACCGUGGUCGUCUCAAUCUCUAUUUUUACCACCAGGGACUCCGGAACCACCAUCGCGUACAAAGCAAGAGCACGAACAAGAGCAAGAUCAUUUUCCGUCAUCAUCAUUUUCAUCAUCUUUUUGCGAUUAUUCAGCACCUUCAUCACCGUCACCACGAACAAGACCAGCACCAGA